AUGAGGCUCAUGCUCCUGGUUUUGGCUGUUAUCUUGCUCCUGGUCCGAGUCACCCAAGCCAUGCGUUGCUGGGGCAAGUUGGGAAGGUGCAGAACAACGUGUGAACAGAGUGAGGUCUUCCAUAUAUUAUGCACGGAUGAAGCUAAGUGUUGUGUCAACCCCAAGCACGUACCUGUCAAAACUUGA